AAUUAAGCCCAACCCUAACCAAAACCUGCCCAGGACCCAGAUAGAUGAGGCACCCUUAAAGAAAGGAGUCUAGAAAAAUCUUUUAACCUAAGAGGCGCCUAUAUUAGCCCUGUGAAUCAUGGGAGGCCUGGCAUUCUGGGUGUCCCCUUACAUGCCAUAUAAGUUCCCCUUCCUCCCCCUCCCCACAAUGCCAUAGUGCUAUCGCUCUCGGCAGAGGGGCAGCUAUUCUUAGGCUGUCUGUCCAGCUCAUUUGAACAGAGGCUGUUUGGCACGUGCCCCGCCCCCUCCAAAUUCAUUUUCCCCAUCUGUUCUGAUAUUCUGUUGCUUAAAUAAUACACAGGAUUUGUUUGAACAAUGAGUUCGUACACAAUUUCACUCGCUGGACCUUCACCUUGGGGCUUCCGGUUGCAAGGAGGCAAGGACUUCAACAUGCCCCUCACCGUCUCCAGGAUUACACCCGGGAGCAAGGCAGCUUCCAGCAACCUGAUUCAGGGUGACAUCAUCGUGGCCAUUGAUGGGGUCAGCACAGAGGGGAUGACACACCUGGAGGCCCAAAACAAGAUCAAGUCUGCCAACUUCAAUCUGGCCCUCACCAUGCAAAGGUCAAAGCGACCCACUCCAGUUACCAUGACAGCACCAAGGAUUGACUCCCCUAUGCCUGUGAUCCCCCAUCAGAAGGUUAUUACCAACACUCCUGCCAAAAAUGAAUACCUGCCCAGCUUCAACCCAAUAGCUCUGAAGGACACUGCACUCUCCACCAACAAACCCAUUGAGGUGAAGGGGCCUGGAGGCAAGGCCACCAUCAUCCAUGCGCAGUACAACACCCCCAUCAGCAUGUACUCCCAGGAUGCUAUUAUGGAUGCCAUUGCUGGCCAGUCCCAGGCCAGAGGUAGCGAGCUGUCUGGUAAUCUGCCAGUUAAAGACCGUGUUAUAGACAGUGCUUCCCCAGUGUAUCAGGCCGUCAUCCCCAGUGAAAUUGAUAAACUGGAGCCACCUGAUUGGGCCAAAAGAGCCGCCCAGCUGCAGUCCAAGUCCUUCCGUAUCCUCGCCCACAUUACUGGAACUGAAUACAUGCAAGACCCUGAUGAGGAAGCUCUAAGAAGAACAAGGGAAAUGUUUGAAUCUGAAGCCAAAGGCCCUCGUUUUGCUAAACUGAAAAACUGGCACCAUGGCCUGUCUGCACAAAUACUUAAUGUGCCUCAUACUCCGGCUGAGCAUGCUCCAGUUUCCACCAGUAUUGCACCUGUCUGUCCGCCUACUAUCGCUGCUUUGCCCAAUAAGCUCCUUUCGGAGCUGCAGAUAGCCAAUCAGGCACCCAAGCCUGAUGAGGAGCAGGUUCCUGAGCAAACCACUGUAACCAGCUUCAACUUGCAGACCUCUAUGGGUUACACUUCCCAGUACAAAACCUCCGUCUCCAGUUCUUACACCCAGCCUCCACCUAUGCAGCAACCACCACCAUCCAUGCAGCACAGCUCCAUCCAGAUUCCUCUAGGUCCACCUCCAACUAAAGUGGUCAGCACUGCCACCAUUGUGCCCGCAGCAUACCCAGCUGCCCCAGCUCCUCCAAUGGUUCACAAACCUGCUCCUCCUCCACCUGCUCCUGCUGUAGCUCCAGCAUCUUCUUCCAACAGGCCUCCUUGGGUUACUGAUGGGAACUUUGCCCAGAAAUUUGACCCUAGCAAACCCACCACCACCACAAAUAUCAGAGUGAACCCUCUUCCCCAGGCAGCCCCACCACCACCAGUCUACAUCCCCAACCCUGUCCCUGCUCCCACUCCUGCUGCACCCAGCCCUGCAUUCAACCCUGCCCCUUCCCCAUUCAACCCUGCCCCUUCCCCAUUCAACCCUGCCCCCUUCCCACCUGUGGCUCGUGGAGUUGCUCAAAGAGCAGAGCGGUUUGCAGCCAGCAACAGAACACCUCUGUGUGGAGCCUGCAACAGCAUCAUCAGGGGACCAUUCCUGGUGGCAUUGGGUCGUUCCUGGCAUCCAGAAGAGUUCAAUUGCCAUUAUUGCCACACGUGCCUGGCUGAUGUCAGCUUUGUGGAGGAGCAGAAUAAUGUUUACUGUGAAAACUGCUAUGGUGAAUUCUUUGCACCUACCUGUGCUCGCUGCAACACCAAGAUCAUGGGAGAAGUGAUGCAUGCGCUGCGGCAGACCUGGCACACCACUUGCUUUGUGUGUGCAGCUUGUGGAAAGCCCUUUGGAAACAGCCUCUUUCAUAUGGAGGAUGGUGAGCCGUAUUGUGAGAAAGAUUAUAUUGCACUCUUCAGCACAAAGUGCCAUGGCUGUGACUUCCCAGUUGAGGCAGGAGACAAAUUUAUUGAAGCUCUUGGCCACACAUGGCAUGAUACCUGCUUUGUUUGUGCGGUGUGCCAUGUGAACCUGGAAGGACAGCCUUUCUAUUCCAAGAAAGACAAGCCCUUAUGCAAGAAGCAUGCACAUGCCAUCAAUGUGUAGAUGCUUCAACAUUGCAUCAAAAGCUGUCAGUGAAGGAACUAAAUGCAAUUGUUACAUUUGCAUGUGUGGGUUAAUGGCAAGACAUCAGUGCCAAUCCAAAUGACACAACAAUUUAUAUUAAAGAUAUACAGUAUAUAGUUUAUUAAACAGCAUAUUACUAGGCAAAUGACUGAAUGAUACAUAAACUAGGACGUUUGACAUUUUUAAUCCAAAUCCAAUGUGCACAUAUAAUUCGAGGUCAUUCUUUAUCUUUAUUAAUACCCUAAUACAUUUAAAUACAUGCACUUGUUUGUCUGAUAUACAUUAAUUUAAGAGAUAAAACAUUUUCACAUUUUGGGGGGUUUGGUGAAUUUAUGCAACAUACAAUUUUGUGAUAUUUUUGUGACUAAAACCUAAAAGAUAGUAAUAUUAUACAUGAAUGUUGAAGAUUGCCUGCAGAUGUAGUUGCUUUUGACAUAGUCUGUCAUGUCCUGAAUCAUUCAUAAACCAGAAACAGCCUGAAAAGGUCUAUGCAUGUUUUUAUGCCUUAAACUGUGUUUUUAUUCCAUUACUAUUUGUUUUCCUGAACAAUAAUGAGGCCUAUAAAUCCCUGGCUUGUAUAUCAGUCACAAAAGGCUGUUAAAUACAUUGAGACGGUAUGUUGUUGUGCAGUCUUUUCAAUACUGAAUGAGUGUUUUAUGUGUUACUAAUCUUGUUUAUUUGUGCUUUUAGUGUGUGUGAAAGCAAGUGAGCUAACUCAUGCAUAUGUGAUGUUGAAAUUAGCAUUAUGUGUCAUUCUGUUUUUAUCAACUUAUUUUAAGAAUAUAAGCAGGGCUUCUGAAAAGGAAUUUAUUUUAAACAUAAUUUAUUUUAUUUAAAUAAUUAUUUCCCAGCUAAUAAUAAUGUCCAGCUCUCAAGGUUUAACAGAGGAUUUUUUUUUAAUUGUUCAUGUUUUGCCUUGUCACCUAUGAAAGUUGAUUUUUGUUCUGUUAUUUAUUGUGUGCAUAAUCUUUGCAAAUGGUGUACUGUUCUGAAUUUGCAUGGAAAAUUUAGUUGUUUUCUUUGCCAAGAAGGAGGGAUUCUGAUUUUAAUUGAAUAUAUUCUUUAAUUAACAAGACAGAGCCACACACAAGGAUGAAAGUUGUGUUGUUAAUACGUUUCUUAAAAUUAAUAACAAAUGGGGCAGCUGAGACUUUUUUUUUCUCUGUGGGUAUAUGCUACCAAAUGAUGUGCAUCUUUAAGAUUAUAGUAAAGUUGUGGUUUCAUGCUACGCAGCUAUUCAAGAACAUCAAGGUCAAAUUCUGAGAUUGCAAUUGCAGACACUCAUGUUUUCCUAGGUAAUACUGAUAUUUUAUGCAUACAAUUCAUUUUAUGAAAUGGUCUUUGAUUUAUCAGUAUAUAUUUUCACUGCCAUAUUGAAGUUAAUCUAACCUACCACAGCUGAAAUGUGUUCUUAGGACUACUUUUGAUUUUGGCUUGUUUGUUUUAAAUAUUACUAACACCAUGGUUUGGCAUAUCAUAAUUGCCUCUCUUAAAUGUAAUACAUUGUUAGCUACUUUUUUUUUUUUUUUUUUUUUUUUUUUUUUUUUUUUUUUACACAAGAUUAGUAAGUUACUUAAAAUGACAUUAAUAGCAGUGUUGUGUUCAGAAGUGGGAAUGUUGUAUCUGUUUUAUCAUUUUUCAAAAACAGAUUUAUUUGAUGUAAUUUAACACCAUUAAAUGCAAAGCAGUCCUUUUACACAUAAUGUAUUAUCUCGAUUUGCCAUCUGCUAUAUUCUGCAGUUCACCUUGGAAUUACAGAGAUAAAAGACUGAUCCAUAAUUACAUAGUUUUCACCGAUUAUUAGUGUUACUGCAAUAAUACAAUAAAGAACCAUAUACAGUAUGUGUUAUGUGACAGUCAUAUUUAUAAACAUGACGUUCUGGAGUAUGUGUUAAGUGUCAUUAAUACAAUCUUCUGUUGAGAACUACAGUUUCUCUCUUGGUGUUUAUGUAUGAGAGUUCAAACUGAGAUGUGGCUCUACAGAAUACUGUAGAUUUACUUUAUGUAGUAUCUACUUAAACAUGAGCUGUAUGUGUAUUUGUUUUUCCAAGAUGGAAUGAAAAAAUAACUUGUUCUCUUUUUUUUUUUUUGUAUUUUAAAUUAUCUUGUGAAAACAGCCUUAUUACUUUGUGCUUAUUUUGACCAUGGCCUUAAUGCCCCAAAAUUCACCUAAAUCUAUACUGAAGUGUUAAAUAUGGCUUUAUAAACUGAAAACAGCUCAUAACACAACAUUUUACGGGCACUGUUCUUAAUGUAUGAUUAAAUAUUAUUAAACUGUA